UCUCUGGGUUGAAAGGUACAGCGGAAUUUGAUUCCUGUUAGCGACAAAACAGGACAUUGGUGUAAAUAGAACUUUUGUGCUAAGAAGCCAGCCUACAUUCUAGGAAGAGAAUUAAAUAUUUAUCGAUAUAGUUAACUAAUAUAUCGCGAAGGAAGCAUUCACAUGCGACGCGUAGCGCAGCAAGAACGCUUGCGCGCGAAUCUAACACGUGGCGAAGGAACGAGCUUUUCUACGAGCGUUUGUUGAGAACUACAGUCUUGCUUGCUUUCGCUGUCGGAGCACGUCUCCUCGAUCGCUUCUUUCUGGAUUAUUAAAAUAAUCACAUUGGUAGAAAAAGAACUGUUCUAAAAUCUUCGUUAAUGUUUUCGACGCGUACUAAAAUUUUAAUAAAAAAACUUUCCGACACGCGUGUAAUUUCAAGAAAAUUUUGUUCCUAAAAUCGCGAUACGAUGACUACUAUGCAAAGAAAAACGAAAACAGAGACGAGGCCGAUCAAAAGGCUCAGCAAAUAAUAUAAAACGGACCAGGCUAAAAUAUAAUCUCGGGAAAUUGUUAGUGUGAAAAGACUUGAAUCAAGAUGAGCAAGGAGGGGAACGAGGAAGGUCCUCAGGGAGGCGAUGCCGCGAAAAAAGACGCGAACGCGGACCUCUACGAGAAUCGAGGAACCAAGAAAAUUGUACGUUUAGUUACCGUGGUGGCUUACAUGUUCUCCGUAAGUUUCGUGGCCAUAGUUUUGAGCGCCUAUUACUUAUUUCUUUGGGAACCGCCGAAUCCGAAGCUCAUACGCAGACCGGUUCAUCUGUCCUCUGAACCUGAAGUACAAUUUUUACUGAGUGAUUCACCAGAUUCGCAAAACGAUGUUCCGAUGAACAAUUUUCUUUCAGAGGUGACAACCGACCAUAAAGGAUCGAACAGCUCGUACAAACUGUUCUCUGGUCGCAUCACCGGUGACAACAACUACGACGGAAAGAAACAUCGAAGAACGUUAAACGAAUCUUUGGCACUAUUGAAAAACUCUUUGAUAGAGUUUAUGCGAAAUAGAGUCAACAAUUCGAAGCUGGAUAGAAAUGUUUCGGGGAAAGAAAAGCGAUUGAAUUCGACGAAAAAAAGCGAGGAAAAGACGAGAUCGAAGAACGUCGAGAACGAAAGAGGAUUUCAAAAAAUAGUGAAUCGUACGCUCGAAAAUAGUGGCACGUUCCUAACACUGAAUUCUUCGACUAUUUCUGGAGACGAAACGAAUAAUGAUCGUUUUACGAGUACUAAAAAUGGUUCCGUAUACAAGAAUGUGUUAGGACUGAAGAACGGUUCGACGGAAAACGCGACUGUCCCUCUAGAACAAAACAAACGUAACGUUUCGAACAGCUUUGGAGCGAAAUCGACUACAGGAACCGAUAAAAAAAUGGAAAAUUCUUCUGAAAGUUUGCACAAUGUUCUAACUUUCUCAAACUCGAAUGAGGAAUUUAUAAGUACCAGCGGAACUACGAUGUUUAAUAAAUUUAAUGUGCUUCCGCCGAUGCGAAACAAAGAUCCUGAAAUUCAAGAAAAUAGGGACGACCAACUUGUAAACGAUCGAUCGGAUUCUACUAAAAACGCAAAACACCUUCAACAGGCGUCAAGAUCGUCUGAAAAAUUGACGAACAUUGCGACCGAACUCAAAGAAACGCAGGUAGAAAAAAUGACGAUCAAAUCGAUGACCGCAGAAUACGAAGGAACUGGUUCCCCGGAAACUGCAACCACUCAACGGCAAAAGAAUCUAUCGACAAUUUUAACGGAGAUCAAUGACACAUUUUCGAACGUAUCAUCGAUUCCGGUAGUCGAGGAUUUAUCAACUAAUUCGAGUGCAGAUAGCAAAGAUACAUUUCCCGAAAAGGAUUCCACAAUUACUUAAUUACUUGAUUUUUAAUGUACGAAUACAUUUGCUACCACGUUGAAGUCGAAGAUCUCGUUAAAUAGAAUUUUUAUUUUUAACAAAUCUUGUCUAUUAUCUUUCACGAUAAUUUGUUAUUUCCAGAAUCACUAAUUGUAAGUAAUUAAUAGAGGUGUUUCUAAUUGAGCAAAAAAAUUCCUUAUAACAUAAAUAAUGGACUGGUGUUGAAAUUCAAUCAGACUCGUAUACAUAAGUGAUGUGGUAGCGAACGUGUUAAAAACGAAUUAAGAGAAAAAAUAAUUUGUUAAAGUAUUAUCGUAUCAAUGUAGUUGCUGUUGAAAAGAAAGAUUCUUUAAUAUGACAAUUACAUUAGUUUCAGAUUAUUAUUAACUAUUUUGUAUUAUAUGCAGAACGACUUUACCUGGACCAAAGUAUCAUUUUCAACUUUGCAUGAAUUCAAAGUUGAGAGUACACAAUUUGUUAGAUAGAACAACCGUCUAAUAAUACGAAUACUUAUUGAAAACGUGUAAUAAGAUUUUAAUUUUGAUACUAAAUAUCUACAUAUACGAUCGAA